AUGCCCAAAGACAGCGACGUGCCCCAGCCGGGCCCCGCGCGCCUCGCCAAAGGCGCCGGGCCCGACGAGUGGCUGGAGCAGGCCAAGCAGUGCAAGUACCUGCCCGAGGCCGACAUGAAGAGGCUGUGUGAGAUUGUCAAGGAGUGCCUGAUGGAGGAGUCCAACAUCCAGCCCGUCCGCACCCCCGUCACCGUGUGUGGAGACAUCCAUGGCCAGUUCUACGACCUCCUCGAGCUCUUCCGCGUCGCCGGAGGCAUGCCCAACGACUCUCCCCACGCCCCAGAGGCCCCUCCCGUCACCCUGCCCAGCAAGAUCAACCCCGCCGACCUCGAGCCCCCCACGAGCAUCACAGAUCCAAAGGUCAAGCGCAAGAUGAAGAGGCGAUUCCAGCGCGACCCAAACUACAUUGGCCCUGCCAGCCCCCCGGGCGGCGACGGCGACGACAUCGAGGGAGACGACGAAGAGGAGGAGACGCGCGGCCGGAGCAGGAGUGUCCACGACAGGCGGAGUACAGGCUCCAUGUCAGACGCCGGCUCCACCCGCAACACCGUCGUCGGCAACGGUCAGCAGAACUUUGUCUUCCUCGGCGAUUUCGUCGACCGUGGCUACUUUAGUCUGGAGACGUUUACGCUGUUGAUGUGCUUGAAGGCAAAGUUCCCCGACCGCGUCACACUGGUCCGCGGAAACCACGAAUCCAGACAGAUCACCCAAGUCUACGGCUUCUACGAGGAGUGCCAGACAAAGUACGGAAACGCUUCCGUAUGGAAGGCUUGCUGUCAGGUCUUCGACUUCCUCGCCCUGGCCGCCAUCGUCGACGGCAAGGUGCUUUGCGUCCACGGAGGCCUGAGUCCCGAGAUCCGCACCCUGGAUCAGAUCCGCGUCGUGGCCCGCGCACAAGAAAUCCCCCACGAAGGCGCCUUCUGUGACCUGGUGUGGAGUGACCCCGAAGACGUGGACACAUGGGCCGUUUCGCCCAGAGGAGCCGGUUGGCUGUUCGGAGACAAGGUCUCCUCGGAAUUCAAUCACGUCAACGGCCUCCAACUCAUCGCACGAGCACAUCAGCUCGUCAACGAAGGAUACAAGUACCACUUCAAGGACAAGGAUGUCGUCACUGUUUGGUCCGCCCCCAACUACUGUUACCGCUGCGGUAACGUCGCCUCCAUCAUGAACCUUGGCGAAGAUCUCAAGCAAGAGUUCCAGAUCUUCAGCGCCGUGCCUGACCAUCGCCGUGCUGUUCCAGCCGGACGCGGUGGACGAGGAGAGUACUUUUUGUAG